UAAAUGAAUCUCCAUAUCAUCGUUUUAUGUACGAAAACUAUGCAUCACAGCUUCGUUUCAAUCAGUUUUUCCAGUUUUUAAUAUUUGUUUCACUUUCAAAUAUUAUUUUUGUAGUUUAAAAUAUUUUCCAGUUUAAACAGUUGAAACUCUUAAACAUUUUCGAGUCAAUAUCAUUCCGCAAAUUAAUGCCAUUUCUAUGCUUUAAAAUUUGAUAGCAAAUCUUAUUUUAUGUCAAUUAUUUAUUGUACACCCAUCACAACUUCUUAGUUGUGCUAAGUAUAUUCUUCAAAGUCCCUAACAAUAAAGUAUAAAUGUCGUUGGAGUAGUUUAUCAAGAAAGGCCAUAAUGGAGGUUCACGAAAAUUUGCGGAAACAACGAAUAGCUCUUCUCAAUCAUGCUCAUAUUGAAGCAAUGAAACAAAUUGUUGAAAAGCAACAACCCUUUAAACCCACUGUCAGUGGUGCUGUUUCAUUUCGAGAAUUGGCUAAAUCGAAAAUGGAGGAAUCUGAAUUUACAGAACUAAUGUCAAUCAUGUAUCAUUACAAGGAUACAAACAGUUCAAAUAUUAACUCAAAUAUUGUUGGAGUUCUCACAAAAAUAUACUGUAUCUUAAAAAACCAUCCUGAAAUCAAACAAGCUUUUGGAAUGUUUUUACCGCCUAAUAUAAAUUUGAAAUUUCAAACUGGAUUCUAUGCUGCAACUGAUGAUUCAGCUGUAGAAAAUGAAGAACAGUCAACUGAAUCUCCUUCUGAAAUGAAACCUGACUCAACUAGUUAUUUGGCUUCACAGGAUUCGAAUAGUAGUAUAAGAAAACAGGAUACCAUUUCUGCAGAGUAUGCUUCGUGUUUUCUGCAUAAAGUAGAGGAACGUUUUAAAAAUGAUAGAGAAACAUAUGAAAAAUUCAUUCAACUGUUGCCAUCUUUAAGAGAUUCAUUGAAAUCAGAUCCUGCAUUUGAAACUCAGUUAUUUGAAGAGAUAUGUAGACUUUUUCAAGAUCAUGAUGAUUUGAUCGAUGAGUUCAAAGCCUUUGUUCCCAAUGCAGACUACAGCUAUCAAAUUAAAAAUUUUGGUAACUUGGCUUUAACAAAUGUAUCUGACACUGAAGAAGAUGAAGAUGUUGCUAUUGAAUAUAAUGAAGUAAAAGAUCCUUCAAUAUCUAAUGUUUAUAAAUAUGGCACUUACGAAGAACAUAAAUUUUUCGACAAGGUAAAAGUUGCACUUGUGUACAAAGAAGUCUACAAUAAUUUCCUGCAUUGCUUAAAUCUGUAUAAUGAAGAUGUUGUUACAAAUGUGGAACUGGUGAAAGUGUGCACGUCAUUUUUAGGGAGACACCCAGAAUUAUUAAAGCAACUUAAAGAUAUGCUGGGAUUUGAAGAAAAUGGUGAAAACUAUGAAAUAAUACCAAUGAAGAUUGUAAAUUUGGAAAACAAAAGGAGUGAUCCAGAAAUCGCAUUGGAUAUCGAUUAUGCAACAGAUGGUAGAAAUGGCGCUAGUUAUCGAGCAUUGCCAAAAGAUAAUGAAGAACCAGUAUGCUCUGGACGAACGCCACUGUGCAAAGAGGUUUUAAAUGAUGUGUGGGUGUCUUUUCCUUCAUGGUCAGAAGAUUCUACUUUUGUUACCUCUUGCAAAACUCAAUUUGAGGAAAUUAUGUAUCGAUGUGAGGAUGAAAGAUUUGAAAUGGAUAUGGCGAUUCAAUCAAAUUCUUAUGCUAUACAGUUGCUUGAAAAUGUUCAGAAGAAAAUAUCUAAAAUGAGUGCUGAAGAUAAAACAGUGAUGACAUUAGAUGAUACUUUAGGUGGUACGUCCACUGUAUUAUAUCAAAGAGCUCUCCAUCGCUUAUAUGGAGAUAAACUAGAAGAACUUCUGGUAGGACUAAAGCGAAAUCCUGUUGUGGCUGUACCUAUAAUUUUAAAAAGACUCAGAGGGAAAGAAGAAGAAUGGAAGGAAAAGCAAAAAGAAUUUAAUAAUCAUUGGAGAUUGCAGAUUGACAAUUAUUACCUUAAAUCACUUGAUCAUCAAGGAAUUAAUUUUAAACAGACUGAUUGCAAAUCAUUCCGUUCUAAAGGUAUUUUGAAAGAAAUGGAAAUGGUUUAUGCUGAAAAAAAAGAAAAUGAUGGUUUUGACUCCAGUGCUCCUCACUUUCUGUUAGAAUUCAAAGACUUGACUGUACUUUCUGAUGCUCUUAAUCUUAUGGGCCAAUAUUUGAAAAAAUUACCUGGUGUAUACCGAAAUGAUCGAAGUCGGAUAGAAUAUCUUAUCAGAAGUUUUAUUCCUGAUUUCUUUGGAGUUCCUAAUACUUCUAAAAAGGAAGAAGAUAAUGCUACAGACAAUGAAAGUGUCGCAGAAUGUGAUGAUAAAAUGGAAGUUGAUCAACCCAAUGAAGAAAGAAGUGGAAAUACUUCUUCUUCUGAAAAUGGAACAGGCAUUAAAGAAGUGUUGAGUGAUCAAGAAGGAUCAAAUUCUGUUGAUGAAAAUGAAUUGUCUGAUGCAUCAGAAAAAAGUAGUAGCUCGAUUGAAGAGAUUGAUGUAUUUGACAAAAGAGAAUCUCUACUACCAAUUGUUAAGAAUGCUCCAUAUAGUUUGUUUUUUGUCAGCAAAACAUGGUUUGUCUUUUUUCGACAAUUUCAUAUUUUGUGUGAAAGAUUAUCUCGACUUCUAUAUGAAAGUUUGAAAAAGGAUGAUGAACUUAGACAAGGAGAUAAUGAUGAAAAACUAAAGCAUGAGUCUAAAAUGAAGCCAGCUUACUCAGAAUUGAUUAGGAUGUUAAGUCAAUUAUUAAGUGGUUCUAUUGAUUAUGCUGAAUUUGAAGAGGAGGCUCGAUCACUUUUUGGAAUUCAUUGUUUUGUGAGCUUCACCAUGGAUAAGCUCAUUAAUUGCAUUGUCAGACAACUGCAGCUUGUGGUAAGUGACGAACUUUGUAAAGUGUGUACAUCAUUGUUCUUUACGCACAUGAAAAACAUAUCUGAAUCUCCUUACAUAUCACUGCUUGAACAAUCUCACAUGGGAUCUGAUUACUUAAAGAAAGUGGAAGCUGAAUUAUGUGACGAAAAUUGUUUUCAAGUUGUAUGGCAUAAGAAACACCUGACCCUCACCAUUCAAUUGAUUGAAAAGGAUGAAUGUGAUGAAAGCAUUCCUGAUCCUUGCGAGACAGAAAGAUGGUCUCAAUACCUUGAAUCUUAUGUUUCAGUUGACACUGUUUCAGAAGAAAUAUUAGCUGAGACUGCAGGGUUACCAGUAUUUCUACCUAGAAAUCUUAAACGUCAGCAAGAAUAUUGGAAGAGGAAAGUGGACAUUGUUGAAAGACUGUGGAAAACUCGGCACUCGUCUUCUUUCUUAAAGAAAAAUCUUCCUUAUUCCUUAAAGAGAAAAGCUGCCAUCCUUGCAAAAUCUUUACAGAAUAAAAUGAGGCGACUCUCUGACAAGCCUUUAGACGAUGUCCAGGAAUCUGAACCAAUGGAAACAACAAAUGAAAUCAUUGAUGAACCUACAUCAGAACUUGAAACAGAUAAAUCUAAUGAGGGAAAGAAAGGAAUCAAUGAAGAUAAAGAUGAAGAAACCGACGUUGCUAAAAAUAAUGCAACGAAUGAAGACAAAAAUGAAAAAAGCAAUCAAGACCAAAAUGAAGUUAGAAAUGAAGAAGCAAAUGAAAUUAUUAAUAAAGAAGUAAAUGAAAUUAUAAAUGAAGAAGCUAAUGAAAAUAAAAAUGAAGAAGCUAAUGAAGAGGAAAAUAAUUCCAAAGAUCAAGUAUUAUUAGUUGAUUUGAAUAAUGAACAAAAGCUUAAAGAAGAAGUUGUAAGUGAAAAUAGCACUGUUGCCAAUGAUUAUUUAGAAUCUAAGAAUAAUCCCGAAGAAGAAUGUGCACUUCCUGAAAAUAUUGAAAUAAAACAAGAGCCAAUAACUCCCCCACCUGAUGUUGUUGAAGAUGAUGUAAACGCUCAGAUUCACCUAGAAAGCGAACGAGCAUCUCAUAUUCUAGAAGCUGCUCUAGAAACAAUCAACGUUGAAGAAGUUGCUGAAGAAAUCGUUGCUGAAGAUUCUGACAAAUCAGCGAUGCAAAAAGAUGAAGAAAUGGAUACCAGUAGUGAAAUUAAAACAGAUUCUGAAGUUAGGAUCGAAGAACAACCUUCAAGGUCGAAAGAGCGGCGAGUGUCUGGGGGGACACCUAGGUCAAGAAGAAGACUUGCUAGCAGUUAUAUUAGAAGGAGAACAAAGAAAGCAAGAACUGCUCAAUUGAUGAGAGAGAAAAAGAAGCGACAAAUGUUAGAGUCAGAGUUUGAUGAAGUGCUCUUUGAGUAUGCACAUUUUUCUACCCUAUCUGCUGAAGAUAAAUAUAGAUAUUUGGCUCUGAAAUCUGUAAUAGUUGUUGAUGAGACUGAGGUUUCUUUUGUAAAGGGGAGCUAUAAAAUGCAAUUUCUUCACAAUAAAGAUUCGUUUCUCUAUCGCAAGAAUUCUUUGACCAAAUCAAAGGAGAUUCAUCAACAAAUUUCAGAAAUAAAAACUUCAAAUUUCAAUGCUUGGCAUAGGAUUUGGGUGGAUCGAUAUCUUACACCGGACAUGGUUAAAUCUUGUAAUUCAUGGUUUCUCAAAAGCGAUCAAGAUAAAUACAAAGUUGUUUGCCUGACCAUAAGUGACUGUAACAAAACUCCCUAUAUUCCUUAUAAUAAAUAUAAACUGAAGUAUUACAAGGUUAUCACAAUUGACUGAGUAAAAUUGUAUUAAUCAGUGGUUUCCAAAAUUAUAAUUUGUACCAAAUUUUUCCCCUACAAUUACCAGUGACACAAUCAUAAUAUCAUUUAGUAGAUUGGAAUAAAUGAAAUUCACAAUA